ACUCACAGACACACACACAUACACACACACACUCUCUCCCUCCUCAGUUAUCUGUUUCUCCUCUGCUGUCACUCUGAUACACACACACACAGAGGGAGGUAGAUAAGUCUGUGAUUCCACUGCUGAAUUUUUAACGCUGUUGUGGAACUUUUUUUUUUCUUCCUGGCGGGUUACUGUGGCACCGGGGUACUGUUACACCGACAGAGACAGAGAGAGAGAGACACAGAGACAGGGUACAGUUCUGUUCGGUUGUUUACUGAGGCUGGACGGAAACAAGACUGUUCAUGGGGUGUGCGUCUGUUGCACCUCUGAUGUCAGAGUGUACUGACACACCCUGAAGUGUACAUCUACAUCACUGCAGCAAGACCCGUCCUGUCCUGAUGCCGUUUCCAUAACAACAUGACCCUCAACACGCAGAGAGAGAAGGAACCCCUGCGGCGGCGAGGCAGCACGCCAAUUCCUCCCACCCACUUCUACCAGCACCCAUCCUGGACUCGAGACCCUGGGCUCCCAAGUAGCACCAAGCACAAUCCCGAGCAGCCCCAGCGCAGUCACCCACCUCUGGGACAGUCGGCGUCCUACCACCCUGGAGACAAGUCACUCCACUACCGUGCCCAGUGGAGUUCAGACUCGGAGGACGACUCGCAGAGCGACUCGGACUGUAUUUACAGGGUGGUCUUGCUAGGUGACCAUAGUGUCGGAAAGACCAGCCUCGCUGGGAUAUUUGCCGGGAUCACAGAGAAAGAUGAACAACCUGGAGAGGACACAUAUGAGCGAACACUGACAGUAGAUGGAGAGGAAACCACACUCAUCGUCAUGGAUACCUGGGAGAACGACAAACUGGAGGGGGAGGACAGCUCCUCUCAGGACGACUGUCUGAAGGUUGGGAGUGCUUACGUCAUCGUUUACUCCGUAACCGACCGCUCCAGCUUCGACUCUGCCUCGGAGCUCCGGAUCACGCUGCGACGUGCCCGCCAGGCCGAAAAUCUUCCCAUCAUCCUAGUAGGGAACAAGAGUGACCUUGUCCGGUCCAGAGAAGUUGCUGUCGAAGAGGGCCGAGCGUGUGCGGUGGUGUUUGACUGUAAGUUCAUCGAGACGUCGGCGUCUUUGCAGCACAAUGUCACCGAGCUGUUUGAGGGCGUGGUCCGACAAAUCCGCCUCCGUCGGGACGGCAGCGAGGCAGUGGAGCGCCGACGCUCCAUCUACAAACGCAAAGAGAGCAUUACCCAGAAGGCUCGGCGCUUCCUGGACCGACUGGUAGCACGCAACAACCAGCGCAUGGCGGUCAAAGUGCGGUCCAAGAGCUGCCACGACCUCGCCGUCCUCUGAAGACACGUGUCCUCCACGACCGUCCGGUUGGACUUUAUUUGACUUGUUGAAGUGCUCUCUGGUUGCAAUAUCGUGGACGAUGUCGUCCGAGUGAUUGACGACAGAAACGAUCAGCAGCGAACGGAGUCAGCGGACAGUUACGUACGUCGCUGUGAUCACUGUGACCAACUCAUUUUCCUCUGUGACCAUUUGGUCUCAAUUUUUUUGUGACUUUCCUCCAGAUUACCUAAAUAUAAAACAACAGACUGACUGUAGAAGGAUCAUCACUGUAGGGGUUAAAGGUCGGAUGAGUGUGUGUGUGUGUGUGUGUGUGUGUGUGUGUGAAUAGGUGACUGUUCAGGAUGUAUUUUCCACUGUGUCCACUGUGCUGUUCUCCUGAGGUUUCUACUGUUUUCAGUUCAACACUGUGCAGAAUAAAGUCUUAAAGGAA